CUCGGGAAAACUACCACUGCCAUGCCACCCGUUUCUGUCGCCGCCUUGACCGUGCUUCGAAACGCAUGAUGGAGUACCUAGAUCGUUCAGUAGCGAUCUGGAAGUGUUUAGGGAAGCUCUCGAAGAGCAGUUGUCGCCAUGACCGGAAACAGCCUGACUUGGACGCCGUAUUACUCUCUAUGCAGAUCGCUAGGAGAUGCUGUCAUGGGUGGAUGCAUACUGUCGAUUACUGCAGUAGUGGUUGCCUUCCCAGCCUUGCACAGCCACGCGUUCGCCCCCCAUCUAUAUCCUUAUAGCCAUGGAACGAGUCUCUCCGUGGACCUCUUCAACAAACUAUGACGGCGACUAGCGACCUUAGCGUCGACCUGAAUUGGCUGUCUAUUCUCACCCUCGUGGUGUUUGUUGUGGCUAACCUUGUCGUUAUCUUCCCUUUUCGGAUACCAAUCUACGUCCCACGAAACCUUACAGAGCUCGUCCUAGAUGUUUUUAGCUAUGUACGAAUUAUACCAGUACGGUCGCGGCAACGCAAGCAAGCCCAAAUGCCGAAGUUCGUACGAAUGUACUUUCCGAUGGACCUCGUCACCGCACCUUUACUCGCAAACUUGUUUCUCCUUGCGAUCUCCGCUAUCGGAAGAAAGGAGAUACACGACGGCACGAUUGGCUUGAGUAAUAUUUCGCCCGGCGACUUCGCGCUCUUCCUGCUCACGGUGGCCUACGUUUCCAACUCAAUCGAAGCAUCCGGCCUCAUUCGGUAUCUCAGCUUCAAGGUAUUGCAGAGGAAUGCUCGCACUGCACACAGAUUAUAUCUCUUGAUUUACUCGGCCUCCUUCGCACUUGGCGGCUUCGUCGGCAAUGAUCCCAUCAUUGAAUUUGGUAUGGGCAUCAUUGCUUAUAUCACCCGUAUGUCGGCCAAUAUCCUUCACCCAAUGGCGUGGAUAUAUAUGCAGUUCUCCAUCGUAAACGUGGCUUCAGCGAUCCUGGUUUCCUCAAACCCCUGCAACCUCAUGGUGGCCAGCACCUUCAACAUCAAGUUUUGGGUAUACUCGGCAAAUAUGGUGGUUCCUGUUCUCACGACCUUCAUCUUGCUGUUCCCCAUCCUAAUAUACGUGGUCUUCGCAGAGCAGGCUCUGAUUCCGAUCUCGAUCAAGCUCUACGACCUACCUGACGCGAGGAAAGCUAGGAAGCCCAUCAACACCGCGAUUCCGCAUGCGAAAGGCCAUACUGAGGGGGAGAAUGAGGAGGAGAGUAUGCAACUUGCGGUCGAAGAUAUCCUGAACCCUUUCUUGGAUAAAGGAGGGGCAACCAUCGGUCUUGUUAUCCUGGCCGCAACUGUCAUCGUGCUGUUCGUGCUCAGCGCUACUAGCGCGAGUGGUAACGACCCCCCCGUGUUCUGGGUGACGCUACCAGCCGCCUUUGUCAUGAUCGGCUGGGAUUCCUUUUUUGGAUGGUACCAUCGGCAUGAGACGCGUCAGAUCGCUCGCCAGGGCCGCCAGCAAGCGCAGACUGCUCGAGCAGAGCGAGUCGUCAAAGAAGAACUAGAGAGGGAGGCAGCAGCGAAACAUGCCAAGGAAGCGAAACGAGCAUCUCUAGAGCCAAAGCCGAAAGAAGAGGAGAGGGCCGAAAUGGUUGAGGCCACGAAACAGAAUAGGGCGGGUCCAGACCAGGUCCCGAAUGCGAUAACUCCACGCCAAUCAACCUGGCCACAGAUGAAGUCACCACAAGCCCAGCCCCAGAGGAGCAACACCGACGGGUCCAACAGUGACAAUGCCCAUCGUCGUACCGCGAUUUCAGGCACUGGCCAGCGUCCUGUGGAGCGUCCGGUUUCCAUGGUUCACAUGCCAUUUUCCGGCACUCAAGAAGCGCUUACACUAACGUCUCCGGAUGGACUCUGGACGUUGAAGGUCGAAGCGGGGCCUGACCAGGAGCAGAACAUCAGUCCGGAUGGAAACAGAGAAAUGAAUUCCACCUCCGGAGUCAUGGAUGAAGAGAAAUCGGAUUUCGCCGAUCGACUUGCACGCAACAUCGCCCUCCAGGAAAGGCGUGGCCCGACGACCCUAGCGUCACUAGCCACUGAGGUGUACAUCUGGCUCCAAGAGACCUUCCCUACCCUUGUAGCAGCGGCCCGCCAUUUACCAUUCAAGUUCGUCCCAUUCAUCUUCUGCAUUUUCAUUCUCAUCCAAGCGUUGGACACCAACGGCUGGGUGGCCGUUUUCACCCACGGCUGGGACCAUUGGGUCACCAAGACAGGGACUAUGGGCGCUAUUGGGGGCAUGGCAUUUCUCUCUGUGGUGCUUAGUAAUUUUGCAGGUACGAACUUCGGAUCGACCCUCCUCCUCUCAAGAAUUAUGAAAGAAUGGGAGGAGAUGCAUAUUCGAAAUGGGACUCCUAUUGGCAACCGGACAUUCUGGGGUGCUGUAUAUGCCAUGGCCAUAGGAGUCAACUAUGGAGCUUUCAGUACCGUGUUCAGCGCCUCCGUUUCAGGUCUUCAGUGGCGGGAGAGUCUCGCUCGAAAGCAUAUCCGGAUUCGUAGGAUGGAUUUCGCGAGAGUGAACCUCCCUAUUAUUGCUGUGGCAAUGGUGGUCGGGUGCAGUGUCCUUGUAGGUGAAGUGUAUAUCACGAGGCAUGAUUAGGGGGUUGGAUUCUUGUAUGAGCCAUUGUUUAAUCAGGGCUGAAACAUGACAUGCUCUUGGAAUUUAGAACCAAGUUUUUCUCCUGACUAGUUGACG